CUUUCGCAAUAUUACUAAUAACUGAUGAUGUUUCAUUUCUAACCUCCAUGGCCGAAUCUAAAAAAAAUAAAAAAAAAUCUUGUCUUUACUUCAUCAAAUACAUUCCAUAACCAUAUCCUCGCCUCACCAUUUUCUCUCAAGUUAAUCCUGAUGAAAAUUAUGUUUCUUCGACUCAAUCCCACAUCCUAUCUUUCAGUUCUGAUCACAAUUAUUACCCUUAUUAGCUCAAUUGCUAGCCAACCAGCUUACACUUACCCUUUCUGUCCAGAUCCUCAAAAUAUCACAGAAAACGCUAGUUACACUUCAAACCUUAGCGCCCUCUUGAGUUCUUUAUCCUCCAAGGCCUCCCUGAAGAGCUUCUAUGCAGACAGUUCUAAUGGUAUUUACAGUCUCUACCUUUGCAGGGGCGAUGUUUCAAGCAAUACCUGUCAAACCUGCAUUAACAAUGCUACUCGAGAAAUCCAACGGCGAUGUGCUUCUAAUGGAACUGCAAUCAUUUGGUACGAUGAGUGCAUGCUACGUUACUCGAAUAAAAACUUUCAUGGAGUUUAUCAGACUUAUCCAAGAUUGUUCAUGUGGAAUAACGAGAAUACUACAACACCAGAUGAACAGAAUUUUGGUGCGCUCAGAUUGAUAUACACGCUGAUAGAAUAUGUUCCAUAUACAGAUAUGAUGUUCGGGACUAAUCAAUCAGCGAGUCAUGAUGGGUCUCAAAAUAGAUAUGCUUUGACGCAGUGUAGUAGAGAUAUAAAUAGUAGUGAUUGUAGUUCUUGUUUGGGAAUCUUAAGAGAUGCUGUGACACAGUGUUGCCAAGCUAAGAAAGGCUGGCGUAUUUUCGCCUCAAGUUGUAGUUUAAGGUAUGAGGAAUAUCAAUUCUAUCAGCUGCCAUCAGUGCCAUCAACGCCGGUACCGGUUCCUUCUACCCAAGUGCCAGAGCCAGUGCCCGGAGGAAAUGGAGGGAACAAUACAACUAUGAUUGUGAUUGCUACUGUAGUAUCAUCAUUAGCUAUAGUUGUUGCUCUCUUGCUGUUCUGGUAUUUUUCAUGCUGGAAAGGGCCAAGAAGAACAGAGGAGGAAAGAAGCCAAGAAAUUCUAUUACGAGAAAAUUCAAAUCACAGCUACCUGAAUGAAGGAGAAUUGCCUAUUACCGGUUAUGACAAUGGUGAACAAAUGCAUUACUUCAAUUUGACGACCAUAAGGUUAGCUACAAACAAUUUCUCUGAUGAAAAUAAGCUUGGAGAAGGAGGUUUUGGCCCAGUUUACAAGGGCAUUCUUCCUGCUGGAGAAGAAAUAGCAGUCAAAAGGCUUUCCAUGGUAUCAAAACAAGGUCUUGAAGAAUUCAGAAAUGAAGUGAUGGUCAUCGCUAAACUUCAGCACAAAAAUCUUGUAAGGCUGUUGGGAUAUUGCUUGGAAGGAGAUGAAAAGCUUCUUGUCUAUGAGUACCUGGCAAACACAAGCCUUGAUGCCUUCCUGUUUGAUCCAAAGAAAAGUAGGGAACUCGACUGGCCAAAGCGUGCUAAUAUUAUAUCAGGAACUGCAAGGGGCCGGCAGUAUCUACAUGAAGACUCUAGACUCAAAAUCGUACACCGUGAUAUGAAAGCAAGCAAUAACUUGUUGGAUGAUCAGAUGAACCCAAAGAUAUCAAACUUUGGCACUGCAAGAAUUUUCGGAGGGAAUCAACUUGAGGCCAACACUAACAAAGUUGUUGGCACAUUUGGAUACAUGGCACCAGAAUAUGCACUGGAGGGAAUGAUUUCAACAAAGUCAGAUGUUUACAGCUUUAGAAUCCUGUUGUUAGAAAUCAUUACUGGUAAAAAGAACAGAGGUUUCUACAGCCAAAAUCAAGCCCAAAGCCACCUCUUACAUGCCUGGCAGCUGUGGAAUGAAGGCACAGGAAAGGAGUUGAUAGACAGAAAUAUAAUCGACUCUUGUCCAGUAAGUGAGGCUUUGAGAUGGAUCCAUAUUGCAUUACUUUGUGUUCAAGAUGAUCCUGCGCGUAGGCCAACCAUGUCAUUAGUUGUUCUCAUGCUUGGAAGUAAUGCUGUAAACCUUCCCCAACCAUCAACAGGUCCAAAAUCUCCGGUUAAAUUUACUUCAGUCCUGUCUCAUCAGUCUUCAGCAUCUUUGUCAGGAUCAUGUUUUCUUGCAUCUGAUCAAUCUACAGCUAGUGCUUCUUGGUAG